AUAUGUCGUGUGACUCAUCCCCUUAUAUUCCGUCACUUUUUUACCAUUCAGAUUAGACUCCGACGGGUCUCGUACCUACCAUCACAUAUCCGAAUCAGUUCAACGCUCAAAGAGUCCACAGUUUCGUCCUGUUAUUUUUGCCUGAUCCGCUUAGUGUUCCUUGUCGUUUUCCCGGACAACUUGACAAGGUUUCACCACCUCAGGCCUCAACCCCAAUUGAUGAUGGAAGCCUGGGAUGAGAACAUGUCAGCGCUCGUGUAUGGGAUCGGUGCAUUGUCCUUCACUGGUUCACGCGACUCUCCUGUCAAUGACAACUGCUCAAGACACCACAUUCACCGGCUGCCAGUGGAACUUCUACGGCACAUAUUCCUGCUCAGUGUUAACGACAUUUAUCCUAGCAUUUUCUCCUUUGGAAAUAUGACCAUCUCGGCCAAUUUUGCCGAGCCACCUCUGGUCUUCACCCGGGUGUGCCGCCUUUGGCGAGUCGUUGCACUUUCAACGGCAGGGGUUUGGUCCCGCAUCCAAGUGGCGCUUCCUGGGGGAGUUGAAAAAUUGCAGCAGUUUCUUUCAUCUCUGCUCCGAUUUUGGCUCGCCCGUUCUGGCAGCCUGCCUCUUACCCUUCGCAUCGUACCUCCCCCGCCCCGCACUAAGUCCCGCUGCACUUUUGCAGCCUCGGCAGCAAAUGCGCAAGUGCUCGAAAUCCUCAUUUCGGAGGCUGGGCGUUGGGAGAUGGCUUCUGUUAUGCCAACAACCUUAACAUUCGCCCGCAAGGACAUCGACGCACCUCGGUUAAGAACCUUGGAGUGUUAUUGGACAGAUCUCAGCAAACUCAACGCACCAAACCUCUGUCACCUACACAUCUCUCAUCAACAUCAUCUUUCAACUGCCAUCCUAUUCACAGAUACAGAUACAUACAAACAUAUGCGUCAUCUCCACCUCCAGGUUGCAUCUGGUCAGGUCAUACACACCUCUUUGAUCAUUUUUCAUCAUCUGGAGACCAUCGUGGCGGAUAUAGGUUCAUCGGAUAUCGGCACUCCACGUGAUUCUAUCACGCAUCAUUACCUUGAAACAAUGACUCUCCCCCUCUACGCGAAUCCUUUAUAUCGCCGCGGAUUUAUCGACAUAUUCAAUGGACUUAAUCUUCCCAAGUUGCAGAAGUUGACUGUGGCGGCAAAGCCAAAGGGGCCGGAAGUGAAGUGUAUCAUGGCGGUGCUGACAGCCGCGUCUUGCCACCUGCGGGUGCUAGACUUUCAGACGGAAAUACCGCUGAGCGAAGUCGAUGUGAAUGAAGUUGAACCUUUGUUCUCAGCUGUUAGGGAGGUUACUGUCCGCGGGGAAGUUCUCCGCCGGCCUGCCACAGAUCCCCCUAGUUAGACCACAUAGAAGAGGAAGACAAGUUGUUCCUUCAUCGUCCUAUCAGGUAUUGAUGGCGUGUCUUUCAUUUGAUUGUGAUACGGUAUACAAAUUGUAUGUUACAGUAAGAGUAGCGAAUCUUGGUCUUUGGUCUCAUUCUAUUCCAACUAGACAUAUUCGUCUGUGCAUGUCUGACGCCCUGUGAGGGUCUAGCGUCAAGGGGAGGGCUUUGCGUCCGGUGGACGGAAGCAGAGAGACACUGAAAAUCUCAUACUCUAUGUCAGAUGAUAUUAUCAUAAGUGUCUCCGUGUAUUUGAUGAUGCCCAGUCAGACUCGAUGAUCAUGUGCCAAUCACGACUCAUGAUAGUUGGAAGAAAGUGGC